GCCAGCAGGAGGAGGUGCACAGGAGAAACAUCAAAUGUAAAAGACAGAAGAUGCAACCCGCACAGAGCAAGACAUCCAUAUACUAAGAAUGAGUGAAACACCAGUAGAGCUUGAGCUUCAGCUAUCAAUCCAGCCAUCGCCACAGCCAGAACUUGAGAGGGGUCUUCAGCCGCCACUCCCCACCCAAGAUCCCUCUGAGACCCAUCAACAAACCCAGCUCCAGCCUGAGAUACAGCCGUCAGAGUCUAACCCCGAGCAGCAGCAGCAAGCAAAGCCACUGUGGAUAAAACAUAGAAAGCUGCUUCUCCUCUUUUGGGGGUUUUCUUUAUGUGCUGCCUUUCUGGGACUAAUUUACUAUAUGCAUCAGAAUCGUCAAAAUAGGAGCAAUAACCAGACAGUUACUGUGACUCCGUGUCUUUCCCCAGCCUGUCAGUGGGCGUCGGCUCGUCUGUCCAUGUCUGCUGAUCAGUUCAGGGAGCCCUGUGAAUACUUCUUGUUCACAUGUGGAUCGGACAGACUCUCACCAGACAGAGGGGGAGGACAAAGAGGACAGGGCAUCCCUGGACACCCACAGAAUCAGAAUGGGAAGUUUGUGUGGCCAGAGAGGAGAGGACAAAGUAAAGAGCGAGAAGACAGGGGACUGAGAGAGGGAAAAAUACUGGACAGAAAAACUGUGCUACUGCAGUAUCUCCGGAAGAUUUUGGAAUCAAACGACAGUGCCAGUAGCUCAGCGGUGCAGAAAGCCAAAGGAUUCUACCAUUCCUGUUUGGACACAAGAUCUAUAGACAACGCUGGAGAAGAGCCCUUCCUCACACUCAUCCAGAAACUGGGAGGUUGGGCAGUAUCAGGUCGGUGGAACCAGACUGAUUUCAACUCCACCCUGAGCCUGCUAAUGAGAGACUACGCCACCUUUCCAUUCUUCAACCUCUAUGUGGGCAAAGACCCAAAGGAAAUUGCCCGUGGGACGACCAAAAGAUACAUACAGAUUGAUCAGCCAGAUCUGUUGAUCCCGAUUGAAUGGAACAACAAGACGCAGAAGUCUCAAGCUAAAGCUCAGACAUUACGUCCCUUCUUGGCAACAUGUCAGAGAUACCUGGCGCUGUUGGGGGCCCCGGACAGCAGCAGCAUGAUCCACGUGGGCAUGUUCAUGUCUCUGUCCUCUGAGCUCGCUGUAACUGCUGCACCUCUGCAAUAUCGCCUGUCGAAAGGACAGCUCUAUCAGCGCAUGACCAUCAAAGAGCUACAGAUCCAGGCCCCUGCCAUUGAUUGGUUGGGCUGUCUACAGGCCGCUUUCCAUCCGCUGCGAUUAAUCGAAGACGAUCAUGUCCUUCUGCAUAACCUACCCUACAUGGUGCAAAUGUCCCCCAUCAUUGGGAAAUGGCUGAACAAGCAUGAGCUGAGCACCAGCGGUCCCCUUCAAACUUAUAUGGUCCUGAAUCUGCUGCACACCCUGAUGCCUGCCCUGGACUCCAGAUUUUCUGAAACAGCAAAGAAUUUAUCUGUAGCUCUGGGUAACACUGAAGGGGUAGCUCCUCGCUGGAAACACUGUGUGUUGGAGACUGAGAGGGGAUUUGACUCAGUUCUUACACACCUUCUCAGUGAAAGGACAGCACACCGAGAGGCAAAGGAGAUUGUUCAAAACAUAUUUUCCUCCUUCAAGUCCAAAUUACAUGAACUCAAGUGGACGGAUCAGAAGUCUCUCCAGUCUGUUAUGAAAAAGGUUCAGUCUUUAAUCCCAAGACUCUGGACUACAAGUGAGAUCUCCAGUGAAGCUGAGCUUGACCUGCUUUUUUCUGAGGUGUCGGUGAGCACACAUAGCUUCUUCUCCAACUAUGUCCAGCUACUGUCCCUUUGGCAAAAGAAGCGCAGAAAACUCCUGACUGAGCAGAUCGAGGCGUUUGAUAUUCUGUCUGUCACACCACUUCUCCUGGGUAAUGAGCUCCUCUUUCCCAUGGGAAUGUUUGUCCCCCCUCUCUUCCAUCCAAACUAUCCCAGGGCAAUGAAUUAUGGUGCAAUGGGUUUCCUUAUCGCCAAAGAUAUCCUCCACUUGCUUCUGCCUGACAUCUACUCUCAGAGUGAGACGGUGCAUGCUGUGGGGGGGUGUGUGUGGGCUCACUAUCUCACUAUGACAGAAAAAGCAAGCAGAGGUGGAGCAUUUUCUCUCUCAGCAGCGCAGCAGCAGGAGGUGUGGGUGCAGUAUUCUGCACUGCAGAUAGCGUUGCAGGCUUAUCAUCAGAGUCUAAAGAACCAUCCGGGGGACACCUCCAUCUCAGGAUUCUCACUCACUCGCCUGUUUCUCUUAUCGUUUUCUCAGGUUAACUGUGACUUUGACCCCUACCAUGAGUUCAUGCCCUUGGAGCCCUCCUUUUUGAUUACAGUCAUUUGCGCCAAAUCUCACCUGUGUCCGACAAACCUACAGUGCCCAAAUAAAACCCAGCAACAUUCAUUACAAACAUGCUGACGAGACUCCUCUGAAGACCGGCAGGACUUUUUUCUGACUAGUCUGACAAAGUAUUCACAUCUGUUGUAGACACUAACCAACCAUACUCUGGAUUUUGGCAAACUGUUGUUACAAAGAAAGUUUAUAUAACAAAAGUGUACCUACAGUAUGUACAAACCAAGAGACACUGACAUUUUUUUUGUAUUGGCUUUAAUUGUUUUUAAGAUGUGUUUGCAUGUCCCAUUAAUUGCACAAGCUGUUUAGUAUUUAUUUAAAUAAAAAAAACAGACAUUUGAGAAAAUAUUUUCGUGUUUCAGUUUCAGUGGUGGAAGAAGUACUCAGAUCCUUCACUUAAGCAAAAGUACCAAUGCAAGAAUGUCAAAAUAGUCCAUUGCAAGUAAGAGUCCUGCACUCAAAAUCCAACGUAAGUAAAAGUACACAAUUAUUAGCAGAAAAAUGUACUUAAAGUAGCAAAAGUAAAAGUAUCUGUCUGCAAUAGAAUGUCCCGUGACUGAUAUAUUAUUACAUGACAUUAUUAAAUUUUUAAUAUGGAUGCAACAAUGUAAGCAGCAUUUUACUGUUGUAUCUGCUUGAGGUGGAGCUCGUUUAUCUACUUUCGAUGCAGUCAGGUAGUUUAGUGCAGUGGUUCCCAGCCUAGGGGUCCUAGGCCCCUCCAAAGGGUCACCAGAUAAAUAACGGAUCUUUUUCCUUCUCUGGGCCUCCAACCGUCAUUUAAAUGAAAACGUCUGAUAAGUUCAGAGGGGAAACGUCUCUCUGGUGGAACUGCUAACAACUCAUAUUGAGUUGAAAUGUGGUAAAGGGCCCCAACUGGACAGCGUUUCUUUAUAAGGGAGCGCAAGCGGAAAUGUUGGAAACCACUCAUUGAAUCUUGACAGCGAGUUGCAUUUUAUAAUCUUAUCAUAUGUUCUUUUUAUGUGAAAUCUUAAUCUGUAAACUAACAAGUAACUAUAUCUGUUAAAUAAAUG